AUGACUGAUCAAUUUCACAAUACACGACAACAAAUCAGACGUAAUGAUCAAAUUGCAACUUCAAGAACUAGUGCUGCAGUCGAUAAAAGUUUGAUCAAAGCAGAUGAAGCUCCUGAAAAAUUGAAAAAAGGUGUACUCUUAGACUUAAUUAUUAAUGAUCAUCGUCACCCUCCAUCAAUGGAAGAUAUGGAGAAAUUCGAGAGAAAUAGCCAUACAUUUAUGAUAUCUCCGUUCAAAUACGAUCGAUCACGUUCCUAUGUUGAACCAAUACCGGUGAAUUAUGCAAGUGGAUAUAUUGAUCGAUGGGAUGCAAAUUAUGUUCAAAUGCCAUGUUCACCAUGCUAUAUUACUAAUAAUACGCAGCCGCCUUGGCCGAUGAUUCGUCAGGAGUUGAUACAACUCAAAAAAAAAUGCGAUGCUAAAUUAGCUACCUUUGAGGAUUUAAAAGCAACCAUUAUCAAAUGUGCUGGGGAUAAUUAUGAUAUCUAUUGUCUUGAAGUACUCAUUACUAGCGUUUAUUCGAACAUGCAACGUGCUCAAUUUAUGACGACUAUUCUAUCGAAUAUUUGUGAUCUGGCACUCAAUGUUGAUACAUUGUGUAGUCGACCACCUGCAUUACUACGCAUCGGAAUGAAUCGAUGGGUUACAAUGUCACAACGGCAAGCUGCUUCGUUGCUAGCUUGUGCAUUUUUCUCCUUAUUUCCAUAUCGAUCUGAUCGAGAACCGAACGAUGGACAAAAAAAUUUUCAAGAUCCAAAUUUCAUAAAAUUGUAUCAAUAUGGACCUUCACAGAAAAUUGAAAAACUUCGAUGCAUUUUACAUUAUUUUCAGAGGAUUACAGAAAGAAUGCCCAACGGUGUUAUUACUUUUCAACGUUUCUCAUUACCUGAGAGUGAACAUCCGAAUUGGUCGAAAUCAAAAGCAGAACUCUCUCAUAUACACUUGACUAUGAGCGACAAAAUUGAAGAUAUCAGUUGUGCUUUACAAGUUGAAUUUGCUAACAAAUAUAUCGGCGGCGGUGUUUUAAGUGCAGGAUGUGUACAGGAAGAAAUUCGCUUUUGUAUUUGCCCUGAAAUGCUUGUUAGUUUACUGAUUUGUGAAAAGAUGGAACCCAACGAAUGUAUAUUUCUUAUUGGUUGUGAACGCUAUUCAUCGUACAGAAAUUAUGCGGAUUCAUUUCGAUUCGAUGGAAACUAUGAAGAUAAAGUAGCUAAAGACAAUUGGGGUCGGAAAUGGUGCCAUGUAGUAGCAAUGGAUGCUAUGUAUUUUGCUGAACCGAGUUUACAGUAUGACAUGAAACAUGUUGAUCGUGAUUUGCUUAAAGCUUACACAAGUUUCUAUCCUCAAGACUCAAAAAAGGAAGAUGACGCAUAUUUUGGUAUUGUUACUGGAAGUUGGGGUUGUGGUGCAUUCAAUGGUGAUCGUGAAUUGAAAGCAAUCAUUCAGCUAAUGGCUGCUUCUGCAGUAGGACGUCCGCUAAUCUAUGCAGCAUAUCUUGAUAAGAAACUGGUUAAUUCAUUGUUUGCAGUUUAUCAAUAUUUGUUGGGACAAAAAGCAAGAGUACGGGAUUUGUAUCGAUAUCUCGAACGAUAUUGUACUCAAACAAAUCAACGAGAAUCGAUAUUCGAGUUUAUUCUUAAAACACCAAUUUCAUCUUUAAAAUCGUGA